AUGGUGAAUUACGAGGAUAUUCCCCCGUCCGAUAUUGAGAGAAUGCUGUUCAUGAAAUACCGUGAGUUGGACAAAGAAGCUAUGGCCAAAAUGCCACCUAAAGAACGUGAUAGAGCCUUGGGAGAGCUGUUCAUUCAAGUCCCUUAUGAUGCUCGUUUUCCACACACUAAUCAGACCCACCGAUGUCCGACGUAUUAUACUGAUUACUACCGAUGCAUUGAACUUUUGGGCGUCGACUAUAAGCCGUGCGAAUUCCUCAGGACGUUGUAUAAAACUAUCUGCCCAGUAGACCAGGUGGCAAAAUUUGAUGAAGCUAGAAAAAACGGCGUUUAUCCAGCUAGAUUUGACCGCUAA